AUGCAAACUAUUGGAGAUACGAAAUAUGGUCAUCUUGUAGGAACAGAUAGUUAUGGAAAUAAGUAUUAUGAAAAUUUGGAAGAAGCACCAAAUCGUACACGAUGGGUAGAUUAUAAAUCAUCAUCUUUUGAUGCAUCUCAGGUAGAACCAGGAUGGAAUGCAUGGCUUCGAUAUAUGGUGGAUGUCCCCCCAUCAAAGAUUGAUACGGGUGGUAAUUCUAUGAAAAAAUUGGAUCCUUCUUGGAAGAAGCCGUUUCAACCAAAUCUUACAUUUUCUCGUGGAGCUUAUAAACCAUAUAAUACAGUUUUGCCGAAAUUUACAGAAUGGACUCCAAAUGUUAAAAAACGCAUAUCUUGA